AUGUCGAUGGUGACGUUCUGGGGCCGGAUCGUCGCGCGUGCGUGCGGAGCGGGCGCGUCGCGGCACCAUUUCUUCUCAACCAGGAGCCCCUACCUGGGUACACACUUUCAUCGAUGUGUUGUUAAUCUCUGAUCUGUGCUGCCAUUGCUGAGGAUUUGAUCACCCGCUCUGUUAAAUUUGAUGCGUCUGGUUGCAGUGAAGGUGGGGAUCCCGGAGUUCCUCAUCGGGGUCGGGAAGGGGGUGGAGGCCCAUGUAGCGAAACUGGACGCGGAGAUCGGGGACUUACAGAAGCUCCUUGUCACCCGAACUCUACGGCUCAAGAAGCUUGGAAUUCCCUGCAAACAUGUUGGUGAUCUAUUAUACACCGUUGCUCCAUCUCUUAUUUACUUAAACCGGUUUUUUCGUGUCGUAUAUCCUUGUUAAAUCCGGCAUUCAACAGCGUGUAUUCCUCAUUCUUCACGGAUUCUUUCUGCACUCUAGGAUGAUAAAUGCUUUGUUUCUUCGUUUAUAUAUAUAUUAGUAGCAUGGCUUGUCCUGUUCCACACAGAAGAACUUAUGAGAAAAGCAGGUUGCAGAGUCGUCGUUUUUUUCUUAUUUCAUAUGUUAAUGCCUACUGGCUGGUUUCGUCUUCAUCACAAACUAGUAAGUAGAGGUGACAGAGAUCAAUCGAAGCCUGAAUCUUUGUGGUUUCACACAGAUCCUUACUACUUUCGGUGGAUUCCAUCUUCCAGAAAACUCUGGCUGAAAAUAUAUCAUCAUGUUUAUCUGAUGUUCUGGGACAACUACUGGCGGUUUCACUUAUCUCAGGCUGAUGAAUUGAUGCCAUCUAGACUUCAAGAUGUUGAACUCCCAGAAUAAAAGCAUCAUGGAAGUCAUCUCCACAGGAUGUGAUGUGUUGCAUAGUUGUUCUGAUUUUUCAAAGUUCAUUAGAAAAAGGAAUUGAAAAAAAAUAUUUCCAACGGAGAGGAUUUGGCAAGAAUUGGGCUCCAUGGCAUCCCAUUUUUGCUGCCAUUGUCUGAUGGUGUUGCCAAUGUCUUCAUAGUUCUCUCUCUCUCUCUCUCUCUCUCUCCCUCUCUCUCUCUAAUCUGUCAGAAAAUGUAAACAGCACAAGCGUUCGUUCAUCAGAUUAUAUGACCGAUAGAGACCAGCGGUGGAUCGACUAAGCAUGGCAUCAGUAAUUCAGUCAAUGAUUCCAAGUGCAGCACUGAAUCUUAAUCUCAUCCAAUAAGAACUUUGGAAAUCGAUUUGGAUGAGAUAUGCGUUGUGUACUGAUAGUGAUAGUGAUUCCAUUUAUGCUCACUUGAAGAUAAAUAUGUGUAGAAUGGCAUUCAAAUUUGCAGCAUCAUAUCCGACUUCUCUCCAAGUUUACUACCCCAUUUGCAUGUUCCUGAUCCUAUACAAGAUAGGGUAUUAUGUGAUGAGUCACCCAUCACAGCGCAACCCAACGAUGAUUGGAAAAUGUGCGCAGAAGGUUGACAUGGAGAGAUUUUCUUGGAAUAAUUUAGGGGACAAUUUUCUCUUAUUUUUCUUAAUCUAUAUAUAUGUGGGAAUCAAAUUUUGUGUUAUUAAACAGGAUCGGAAAUCUAUAAUUUUUAUUUUUUUUCAAGUGCUUCAUUCAGAGAAGAUUAUUCAAAGGAAUUUAAAUACAUUAGAUGUCUAAUUAUUUCAGUUGUUUAGAUUUUGGAGGGAAUCAGAAAGUAAUUAUUGAUCGAAUGCUCAAAUAUUUAUCAUUUUAUUUCCUACAUCCCGAGCAAGAUAAUUCUUGACAAUUCCGAACCAUGCAGAGAAAGCUGAUCCUCAGCUACGCCCACAAGUACCGGCUUGGUCUGUGGAGACCUCGGGCCGAUGCAGUCAAGAUCUGA